AAUGCCCUCAACUCCUACGAAAGCCUUGUUAAAUAGGUGUUCUUGGGCAGCGAAAUGUCUCAUAAUACGACCCUCGGUGUUGGACUGUCGAACUGGCCCUUUGUUUCAGUAUAGAUGGCAAGCCUAAGCAACGUUGCCAAAUAACCGUACACAGCCUCUAAUAUUUACCCAUUUCCGACCCAAAAACUGUCUCCUGGGCCCCAGUAACAGGAUUAAUUUGUACUUAUUGUUAAGAUAGAGUCGUUUCUCAAAUAGUUUGGUUUCGGUUUUAUACAGAUUGUCAGAUCUUUUAACCCGUCCGCUGCAAUUGGCACGGAUUUGGCUUUCACUGGUAGCCUGGUCACAUAUACUCCCAGGUCCUUCUCUGCCUCUGUGGUGGAUAGUGGAGUGUUUCCCAUGUGGUAUUGGUGUGCUGGAUAUCCCUUCACUGGUAGCCUGGUAACAUACACUCCCAGGUCUUUCUCUGCCUCUGUGGUGGAUAGUGGAGUGUUUCCCAUGUGGUAUUGGUGUGCUGGAUAUCCCUUCACUGGCAGCCUGGUAACAUACACUCCCAGGUCUUUCUCUGCCUCUGUGGUGGAUAGUGGAGUGUUUCCCAUGUGGUAUUGGUGUGCUGGAUAUCCCUUCACUGGUAGCCUGGUAACAUACACUCCCAGGUCUUUCUCUGCCUCUGUGGUGGAUAGUGGAGUGUUUCCCAUGUGGUAUUGGUGUGCUGGAUAUCCCUUCACUGGUAGCCUGGUAACAUACACUCCCAGGUCUUUCUCUGCCUCUGUGGUGGAUAGUGGAGUGUUUCCCAUGUGGUAUUGGUGUGCUGGAUAUCCCUUCACUGGUAGCCUGGUAACAUACACUCCCAGGUCUUUCUCUGCCUCUGUGGUGGAUAGUGGAGUGUUUCCCAUGUGGUAUUGGUGUGCUGGAUAUCCCUUCACUGGUAGCCUGGUAACAUACACUCCCAGGUCUUUCUCUGCCUCUGUGGUGGAUAGUGGAGUGUUUCCCAUGUGGUAUUGGUGUGCUGGAUAUCCCUUCACUGGUAGCCUGGUAACAUACACUCCCAGGUCUUUCUCUGCCUCUGUGGUGGAUAGUGGAGUGUUUCCCAUGUGGUAUUGGUGUGCUGGAUAUCCCUUCACUGGCAGCCUGGUAACAUACACUCCCAGGUCUUUCUCUGCCUCUGUGGUGGAUAGUGGAGUGUUUCCCAUGUGGUAUUGGUGUGCUGGAUAUCCCUUCACUGGUAGCCUGGUAACAUACACUCCCAGGUCUUUCUCUGCCUCUGUGGUGGAUAGUGGAGUGUUUCCCAUGUGGUAUUGGUGUGCUGGAUAUCCCUUCACUGGUAGCCUGGUAAUAUACACUCCCAGGUCUUUCUCUGCCUCUGUGGUGGAUAGUGGAGUGUUUCCCAUGUGGUAUUGGUGUGCUGGAUAUCCCUUCACUGGUAGCCUGGUAAUAUACACUCCCAGGUCUUUCUCUGCCUCUGUGGUGGAUAGUGGAGUGUUUCCCAUGUGGUAUUGGUGUGCUGGAUAUCCCUUCACUGGUAGCCUGGUAACAUACACUCCCAGGUCUUUCUCUGCCUCUGUGGUGGAUAGUGGAGUGUUUCCCAUGUGGUAUUGGUGUGCUGGAUAUCCCUUCACUGGUAGCCUGGUAACAUACACUCCCAGGUCUUUCUCUGCCUCUGUGGUGGAUAGUGGAGUGUUUCCCAUGUGGUAUUGGUGUGCUGGAUAUCCCUUCACUGGUAGCCUGGUAACAUACACUCCCAGGUCUUUCUCUGCCUCUGUGGUGGAUAGUUGAGUGUUUCCCAUGUGGUAUUGGUGUGCUGGAUAAACUCUCCCAUGGUGCAGGACUUUACAUUUUUCCUCACUGAAUUGUAGCAGCCACUUUUGUUCCAUUCCUGUAGCUUGGUGAGGUCUUCUUGUAGGAAACCCGCAGUCAAGGGGUUAAGGAUUUUUAAAUUUCCUGCUUGUCGGAAAAUUUCAAAAUCACCCAAAAAUCGUCUAUGAAAAUCCACAUAAAACCAAAACCGAACUAUUGGAAACCAUACUAUUUGAGGGACGGCUGUAUUUAAUUGCUAAUGUUUCUUGGCAAUAUAGUUACGCGUCGGAAACCGGUCAACACUAUGCCAUGAGUACGAUAAUCUCCCGAAAUUGACCUCUCUUUUUGGCCACUCCUUUGACCUCUAUUCAGGAGCAGUAAGUUGCGGGGUUUUUUUUUAUUUAUUUAUUUAUUUAUUUUAUUUUUUAUUUUUCUUUACGCCCUUGAACCGUCUCCUUAGCUGUAAAAAAAAAAAAAGGCUUUGUUUACGAAGGUGAUAUGCAAAACCGCCUUUGUUUACGCCCUUGAACCGUCUCCUUAGCUGUAAAAAAAAAAAAGGCUUUGUUUACGAAGGUGAUGAUAUGCAAAACCACCCUUGUUUACGCCCUUGAACCGUCUCCUUAGCUGUAAAAAAAAAAAAAGGCUUUGUUUACGAAGGUGAUGAUAUGCAAAACCACCUUUGUUUACGCCCUUGAACUGACUCCUUAGCUGUAAAAAAAAAAAAAAGGGCUUUGUUUACGAAGGUGAUGAUAUGCAAAACCACCCUUGUUUACGCCCUUGAACUGACUCCUUAGCUUUAAAAAAAAAAAAGGCUUUGUUUACGAAGGUGAUGAUAUGCAAAACCACCCUUGUUUACGCCCUUGAACCGUCUCCUUAGCUAUA